AUGAACAGCAAUACUAAUGCCACGGACUUGUCCCGUCGGUCCUCACGCGCUUCGCCUCGUACAAGGUUGUCGAUUUCAGAGCAACGCCGGGCUCCCACAGGUACCAACUCAAACCUGAGCGAGACCGAAAUUCCCUCAGCCGAACACCGUUCCUCCCUGAGCCAUGCACUUCGCACGGCAAGUCCCACGAUCGGAGGCAGCCCGAUAUUUGCUACAGGCGACCCGCACCACCAGCGUGCUCCGUCUCUAGGGGAGCUCCACCAGGAAUUGGAGCAAGAACAAGAAGCGCAAGUGAACCGACUGUUGCAGAUGAUUCGGAGUCAACAAGCCCAACUACAACAACUCCAGCAGCAGCAGCAACAAUCAGGCACCGCUGUUGAAGAUUACACACCACCGUCCGAACGAUCUGUCGGUGUCCCCAUAAUACCACCACUCCCUGCAGCUGGUAGCGGUCGGACAUCCACUCAGUUCCCUUCAUCCCUGUCCAGCCACCGGGCGUCGCGACCUUCCAGCCAGACUGCCUCUCCCAGUCUUCGGCCGCUACCUUCUGCUUCUCUGCAUGGAACGUCGGUCGACUCGUCCCGUGGCCCCGACGGGUUGGACCUGGUAGCAGGCACCAGUGAAACCUCGUCCCGACGUGGUAGCAGGGAUGAGGUGGCUUUCUACCAAGCCGAAGCAUCCAUGCUCAAUCGCGAAAACCAGAUGCUUCGGCAGCGUAUACGCGAAUUAGAACGACAUAUUAGUGAGUUGACCACCUCUGGUGCCCGACCGGAGCAGAGUGCGCCACCUGCCACACAGGGGGCCGAAACCGCCGAUCAUCAUGCAUCUGCCGAUGUGGGGUCGGCUACUGAGCCCACGAACAAGUCCUGA